ACAGGGAGACAGAAAGAGAGGGGGGAGAGGGGGAGACAGACGGAGACAAAGGGAGAGAGACAGAGGUUGGCCUAUAUAUAGGGUCUGGACUUGCCACAUGUAGAAUCUGUUCCCCUUGGUGAACCACAACAGUUUGUCAGUGUUGCUGUGUCACUGCCGCGCCGCCUUCAUGAGAACGGCUAUUUUAGUUUUAGGAGGAUGGCACCGCACGGGACCACCUGGAACUGUAAAGCAAAGGAAAGCUCCCCCUGUCAUGGCUGCUCCAUCCUUCCUCCUCCUCUUCCCCCUGGGUUUGCUGUCUGCUGUGAGAUCAGCCUCGCUGAUGGGCCCUGGCUCUAUGACGUCAUCAGAUCCCUCCGUCCAGGCUCCUCAUUUGACUGGGUGUAAGUCCAGUGAACAGGAGACGUUUAGGUGUUGGUGGAGUCCCGGAAGCUUCCAGAAUCUCACGGAACCCGGAGCACUGCAAAUCCAGUACUGGAAGAAGAAUGACUUGACGAAGGAAUGGAAGGAGUGCCCUGACUACUCCUCCUCUGUGAAGAACGAAUGUUUCUUUAAUAAGAACAACACGGUUAUCUGGAUCAAAUACUGUGUGCGGCUCCACUCUGAAAGCCAGAACAAAACCUACGAUACCUUGUGCUUCGAAUUGCAGGACAUUGUGCACCCUGACCCGCCAGUGGCUCUGAAUUGGACGCUGCUGAACAUCAGCCGGUCGGGCCUGAACUAUGACAUCAUGGCGAGCUGGGAACCCCCGCCCUCGGCUGACGUAUCCGUUGGAUGGUUGACACUGGUGUAUGAAGUCCAGUACAGGAGGAGGAACAGCUCACACUGGAAAGUGUUGGAGCAUGAGUUUGGCACCCAGCAGUCUAUCUACGGCCUUCAGACAGGAGAGGCGUACGAGGUGCGUGUGCACUGUGCAAUGAGGGCCUUCAAUAACUUUGGGGAGUUCAGUGAUGUCAUCUUUGUCCACGUGCCAGAGAUUCCCAAUAAAGAGUCAAUGUUCCCUGUGACUCUGGUCCUGAUCUUCGGGGCUGUGGGCGUGGCCAUUCUCCUCAUGCUCAUCAUCUUCUCUCAGCAGCAGAGACUGAUGGUGAUUCUGCUGCCUCCUGUCCCUGCACCCAAAAUCAAAGGGAUAGAUCCAGCACUGCUUAAGAAGGGAAAGCUGGACGAGCUGAACUUCAUCCUGAGUGGAGCUGGUAUGGGGGCUCUCCACUCCUACCCCCCGGACCUGUACCAGGACGUGCCCUGGGUGGAGUUCAUCGAGCUGGACGCAGACGAGCCUGGGGAGAAGGACAACCAGAGCUCAGACUCACAGAGACUGCUCGGUCACAACAACCACCACGCAAACCAUGGCUGCUCUCAUGGCCUCGGUAUCCCUGAUGAUGACUCUGGCCGGGCCAGCUCCUAUGAUCCAGAGCUGCCUGACCAGGAUACCCUGAUGUUAAUGGCUGCCCUCCUGUCCUGCCAACCCGACAAAGUUGAGCCAUGCUUGGGGAACUGGAGCCACUCAAGCACCCCGUCCCUAGAUGUGCUGGAGGUCCCAUGCCCCCGGCUCCAGGCUCCAGGCUUACCUCCAGAGGGAGGGGAGAGGCACCUGGUCCAGACCCAGCUGGGAGGCCCUCAGAGCUGGGUAAACAUGGACUUCUAUGCCCAGGUCAGCGAUGUGACGCCCACCGGAGGGGUGGUGCUCUCGCCAGGCCAGCAGGUCAGAGCCCCGGAGAACACUCCAACAACAGAGAAGGAUAAGAUGGGAAAAAUGGAGGGAGGAGAGGAGGAGAGUGAGGAAGAGGAGGAGAGGAGAACGAACAAGCUGAAGUUUCAGCUGCUGGUGGUUGUUCCUGAGACAGGGGGCUACACGACCGAGAGCAGUGGCUGGCAGAUGGGCACCCCUGACCCCUCUUCACCUGGGGAGGUCUACCACACCUUCCCCCCACCUUCCGCCGAGAGCAAGCCCCACCAGGAGGCCUAUCUUCCUGCUACCACCCCCCUAGGGGACUACCAGUCCCCUUACAUCCUUCCUGACUCCCCCCCUGCUCAGUUCCUCCCCCCUGUUUCGGACUACACUGUGGUUCAGGAUGUUGAUUUCCAGCACAGCCUUCUCCUCAACCCCCCGUCCCCCCAGAGGUCCCCUACCUGUUCCCCACAACCCCCCUCCAAGCCCCUGCCCGUCAUGCCCAUAGGGUACCUCACCCCGGACCUGUUGGGCAACCUCUCGCCUUAAGAAAAACUACACCGCCCAGGAGGCCUUGGGGCGUAGAGGUUGGAGGCCACUUGUCAUGAAGUCAAUAAUCAUUACAGACAGCCUUGUUCUACUUGAUCAAUGCUGGAAGCCAAAUAUGUCACAGGACAGACUCGACAACAAGCAUGGUCGUUUGUUUGAGAGUUUGCUUGAAGGGAAGCUGAGAAAGAGAAAUGUUUAGUUGUUGUGUUUGGCUUUUAUGAGUGACUGGAACUUGAGGAAAGAGCUUCUGUAAAAUUGGCCUUUCUGGUUUGAUAGAGCUUAAAGUAAUACGUGAACAAAUCUUACUGUGUUCUUUCUGACUGAGACUGAGACACCGAAAAACCCACAGUCUGAAACCUUGAAAUGCACGGUUCUCUAACAUACACACAGAUACACUUAUGCACCAUACAUACACAGACAGACAAGCUCAGACAUGGUUCUAGUUCUAUGUUACCUGAUACUUCAAUGUAUCUGUUGUUUGACUGAUGAGGUGCAAUGUAAACAUUUGCCUUGCAGACACACAUAGUCCCACCUUAAUGUAUAUAUAUAUGUACGUUUAACAUAUACAUAUUUAAUACUCUAGCUUGUUGGUUUAAGUCUUAAGUUGACUGUAGAUGGAUCCAAUAACAAAAUGUCUGGGAGAAUAACAAGCACAUCUACUUGCCAUUUAUACAAACACACCAACUUUAACAUCAUCGUUAUGGCCUCAUUAAUUGACAGAACACUUGAGUGUGCUGUUUGUCAAACUUAGCGCUACAGCGAGCAGUGACUAUUAGUAACUACGGUCGUUCAUUUCGCGCUCUCAUUAUUUUGCUUAAUGGCCUAUUUUUAUGCUUAUAUUUCUCUUUCAUCCUUUUUGCGGCAGAGUCGUCUAAUUAUUACCAGACUGAGGUCAGUUUUUAACACGGCCAUUAGACAACCUGUCUGCACUCACUGUGACAACUCAGACACCGGUCACUAUAAUAAACAGAGAACAAGAAAACCUGUAACACCAAGCAGAUUUCACUUACAGCAUAGACUUAAUUCUCACAAUAUAGGAAAGACUGCUUUUAUAUGUUCUACUUUCUUACUUUGCAUUAAUUGUAAUUGCAGGGACAAUAGAGCUCCACAGUGGAGGUGUCAUAAUAACCAUAAAACCUAGCGGACAAACAGGGAAAUGGUUCCAAUCAUUCAUUUUCCACCAUAGGGGAUUUUAGAAACAC